AAUGACCUUAAGGAAGUCAUAAACAAGCGGUAUAAUUUGUUAUUCUUACCAGAUUUUUUAGUUUUUCGAGAUUCGAAGCGAAUGUUGGUGACUCCUUCGUUCUAAAUGUUAUAAAAGCUUGUUUUGCCAAUCUUUGGAUGGUCGCCAUUUUGAAUAUGUGAAAACCCAGGCUCUUUGUCUUGARUCGGAUUAUAASAUCGAGGGAGACUAGAACUAGGUAUUUUAAAAAGCKUCGCCCGCGAUACUUCAUAUCAGCUGAUGCUAUUUGGUCGGACAUGCUCUGUUUGAAGAACAUUUAUACAGUUUUUGGCGCGAAAGGAAGAAUUCUGUUCUUUGGAGGUUUUACUAUCUUUUAGGUCAUUCCUGUGCGAUAUAAUGGCCAUAWCUCUAUCUGAAGGAGCUAUCCAUGAUAUAAUCACCAAACCCGCCGAAGAACAUCCACAAAAGCCUGUAUUGCAAAUUUUGGGUGUGAGAAAGAUCCAACCAAACCAAGGCAGUAAAGGCAAUGAUAGAUACCGACUUGUGUUGUCAGAUGGUGUCCUCAUCCAUACUUCUGCCAUGCUGGCUACUCAGCUUAAUGACAGAGUGACAGAUGGUGAGAUUGAAAUGAAGGCAGUUGUGCGACUUGACAAGUAUAUUUGUAARAUUAUUCAAGAAACAAGAAAAGUUCUAAUCAUUCUUGACUGUACUGUGAUGAAGUCUGCUGCUGAAGUUCCUGGAAAGAUUGGCAACCCCAAAAGUGCUGCUGACCUAGUCAGUGGGCAGCCAGCACAGCAAAAUGGCCAGGCAAGGUCUGAUUCAGACUCUUUUGGUAAUCGUCAAAAUACAUCAGCUCAGAGACAACCACUUCAAGCUCAAAACAAAGGUUUUGGUGGCAGUGCAAGUUCAUUUGGUAAAGGCUAUGGAAGUAACCAGCCUGUUAAUCGUGGAGGCAMUGGACAAAAGACUGUAUUUCCUAUUUCUGGUCUCACUCCAUAUCAGAAUCGGUGGACAAUUAGAGCAAGAGUAACUUCAAAGUCUGGCAUUAGGACAUGGAGUAACUCCAGGGGGGAGGGCAAGUUGUUCAAUGUGGAACUCGUGGAUGAAUCGGGGGAGAUUCGUGCCACAGGAUUCAAUGAUGCUGUUGACAAGUUUUAUAAUUUGCUGGAAGUAAACAAGGUGUUCUAUAUCAGUAAAGGAUCACUAAAAACAGCCAACAAACAGUAUUCUUCUGUUAAGAAUGACUAUGAGAUGUAUUUGAAUCAUGAUACAGAUAUUGAACUGUGUACAGAGGCCUGUGAUCUCCCUUCUAUUCAAUACAAUUUUGUUAAUAUUGGAGACCUGGAAAAUACAGAAAAAGACAGGAUGGUUGAUAUCUUGGGUGUGUGCUCUAAGAUAGAUGAUGUCACUCAAAUCACAACCAGAACAACAAACCGACAGGUUUCUAAAAGGGAAGUUACUUUGGUGGACAGAUCUGAAAAAAGUGUGCAAGCUACACUCUGGGGUGAUGAGGCCGAGAAGUUUGAGGAAUAUGUUGGGAAAACACCAGUCUUGGCAAUUAAAGGUGCCAAGGUAUCUGACUUUGGAGGUCGUUCCCUGUCCAUUCUCAGUUCCUCUAAUCUGAUGAUAAAUCCACUUGAUCUAAAGGAGGCAAUGAGUUUAAGAGGAUGGUAUGAUAAUACUGGGAAGAACCAUGAUCUGCAGUCAAUAUCCAACCAGAGAUAUGCWGAUGGAGGUGGAGGRAAGCUUAAGUUCUUAUCAAGCAUCAAGACUGAACAACUUGGCAUGGGAGAAAAGCCUGACUAUUUCUCUGUCAAAGCAACAUGUGUCUACUUAAAGAGGGAAAACUGUCUGUAUCAGGCAUGUCCAACUGAAGAGUGCAACAAAAAAGUGAUGCAAGACGAUGAUGGCUAUCGAUGUGAAAAAUGCAACCGAAAAUUUCCAGACUUCAAAUAUCGUCUUAUACUGAAUGCCAAUAUUGCAGAUGUGACUUUUAGUCAGUGGGUGACGUGUUUCCAGGAAUCUGCUGAAACAAUCCUUGGAAGAACAGCAAGAGAAAUUGGAGAACUCAAGGAUGGCGGCAAUGAAGCAGCAUUUGACAACAUCUUUGCAAGUUCAGAAUUCAAGAGUUUUGUCUUCAAAGUUAGAGCAAAGAUGGAGACCUACAAUGAGGAAACAAGACUAAAGUGCUCSAUUGUUGCUGUUAAACCUGUUGAUUACAAACAGGACUCUAAGAGAUUGAUUGAUGAGAUUCAAAAACUAAUGAAUCAAUAAGCUUGUCAUGCUGAACCAUACUCUUCAGUUAAAUGUUUAUAUUUUGCAUUUAAGUAAAAGUGCAAAUCYCAUUAGUAAGUGACAGUCUGCAUCAUUCUAUCAAACAGUGUUAUACACAACUGUACAAACAUUGUUAAAUAAUGCAGCAUACAGUAUGCAAACUUCAAGUUUUCAAGUAAUGCUCCAGUUCACCAUGUGUCACUAAGAAAGAUAUGUAUUUCUAAACUGAAAAUGGUUAGUUAUCUCAGGUGAAAUAACACUUUGAAAAGUAAGCAAGCUUUAAUUGUAAGAAAAGAAAACUAUUACACAUUUUUCAAGUCAGUUAGAAGUUACAUAUGCUAAUUGAAGAUUCAGUAGAGUGUCCUUGCCAAUAUCAUGAAACAAAUGGUUAUCAUUAAUGCGAUGGAUUUGAUAUUAUAAUUAGGUUUUGUAGUAACUAUUUUUCAAGGUUUUGGUUCAAGCACUCUACUAAAAUUCAAAGAAAACAAACAAUAUAUCACAUGUAAAAGAAGUCUGAUAUGUGAUCCUUGUUGAGUUAAUAUAAUAAAAGUCUACAAUAUCAA